CGAACGACCCGGGGGGCGAAAGAGAACGCCCCUCGCCGAAGAGUCUCGACCCCUCGCGACUGGAAGCACAGUAAGCACACUCUUUUCCGUUAGCACAGGGCGCCCAGCGGCAUUCUCAGCUCGAUCGCGGCGCGGAGCGGCGGCGGCGAGGAUCCAGGAUUGGCAUUGGCGCGGGGAUGAGGAGGAGAGAUCCAGGAGGCGCCCAAAGCUGAGUUUUUGCGAGGUGGGUCGAUCGCCAUCGCCCAGAUGUCAAGCGAGAGCCCCAGCGGUGGGGAGAUCGAAGAGUCCGUGGCCGAUGACCAUGACCCGCGCGUGGUUCUCUCCAUCACGGUGGAGAUCGAGGACGGGCGCGUGGAGCAGAUCGAGUUGAAGCAGGGCGACUCCCCGGAGGAGGUGUCCACCGCGUUUUGCAAGCAGCACGAUCUGCCGCUCCAGUUCGUGGUGCCAUUGACGGAGCACAUCACCUACAACCUCCGGAGCAUCAACCGUGAGCAUCAGCGCGGCGAUGGUGGCAGUCCAAAGGGGAAGGGUGGCGGUGGUGGUGGCGGUGGCGCCGCCGAGGAGCAUGGGCAGCGGCGUGGGAGGAAGGGCCAGCAAAAGCAAAAGCAGCUCCCCAUGGAUGUUAUCAGCCAGGCCAGGAGAGCUUACAUGGAGAAGCCCAAAACGCUGGAGGAGUUUCGGAAGUACCAGGCCGCCAGGAGGGGGAUCAAACCAGCUAAGUUCUCCGAGAGGCUCCUCCAACACACGUUUACGUUUUCUACCAAGACCGUCGACAGGGGGAAGAAGGAAAAGAGGCACAAAAGGAAGGCCGAGCUAUCCGAGAAGAUGAAAGCUCUCUGCUUGAGACUUUAUACUGACUAUAUAAGGCAAAAGCAACGGGUCGAGGAAGAAGCACGGCUGAUCGCGGAACAAUACCAUGAGAAGAUGGUGAAGGAUCGACCGGUUACUUCACUGAGAAGUAGGCGAUUGAUGCGAAACAGAGAACGAGAGGCCGAGCAGUUCCAAAACUAUGGCGAGCUCUUGUACCAGGAGGCUGUUGCUAAGGACCAGGAGCGGCGGCGGCAAAUCGAGAAGAAGCAGCAGGAGGACGAGAUGAACGAGUUGAAGCUCAUCUCUCCCAAGCCAGAGAUCAGUAAGCUCGCCAAACGUUUGAAGAGAACGGAAGUUGUGUGGGAGAGGCUAGUCCAGGACAAACAAAACCAGGAACACUUGCAAGAGCUUCGCAAUGAGUUGUGGGAAGCCAAGCUUAUGGAGUGCACCUUCAAACCCAGGAUAAACUACUUGCAUUCGUUUGAGCGUCGUGACGUCCAAACCACGACACGGUUCGAGCAGCUGUUUUACGAUGCCGAGCACCGGAGGCGACGUCAAGCGGAAUACAUGCAAUGGUAUCCCGAAGGAGUUACAUUUCAUCCUCACAUCAACAAAACUGGAGACGGUGGACAAGUCGACGAAAGCAACACGACUGUCUUUGAUCGGUUGCUGCAGUACGCUGAAAGGCUCGCCGAGAAGAAGCAAAAGCUUUUGGAACCCGGAGGCCGGAAGCUGAUCGAUCCGACCACGGGUCAGGAGUUUUUCACUCCAACAAUCGGCCGACAGCCUGUUGGCGAGAGGAAUUUGCCUAUCGGGGAGUUUCUAUACCAGAUGAAAUUUGCUAUGGAGGACAAGAAGAAGUCUCUCAUGGACAGAGAUAUCCAACACAGGAUUGAGCUUGCCAAGUCACACUACGUUGGUACGAAAUCCGGGCAGCUGCUGGAUCACCUCAAGGAAAGGAGGUUGAAACAAAUCUUUGAUCAUCUCGACAAAGAUAAGAGUGGCUACGUUGAUCUCGAAAAAGCCGACACUGCCUUGUUCUCGGACGAAGUGGUGGACGAGAUUAAGAUUGUCAUGGGCAUGGACGAUGGCAAAGGUUCAUUGUCAUACGAUACGUUCCAAAAACUCAUGCAAACAGCGCAGAAAAAGAUUGUAUCCAGUGGCUUGCAUAACGUUUUCAAGCUACGGAAGAAGGACGAGAAGUUCCCGUUCCAGUUUAAGAUGUGCCGCCUCUCUCGCUCGCUUGCUGCUCGUAGGAGAAAGUUUAGCACUAGGAGUCAAUGGUACAAACUGAUCUUGUUGGAUAGACAAGAACGGAUUGCCAGAGUCGAGGCGUUGCGGAAAGAGAAGCAAAAGCAAGAGAUGGCCGAAUGCACCUUCACGCCAGCCAUCCACGGAGGGAAGUUUAGACAGGGCAUGCGUAGGAGUCCUUAUUCAACCAAUUCUACAAUCGUUGAGAAGGAGAAGCAGGAAGUCCACGGUUUUAUUUUCCCCGAGUCGCAAGGUACGUAAAAGCAAAGCCAUGCAUAGAGCGGAAAGAGCGAAGAGCAACGAUGGCUUUGUUAACCUCUCUUUGGGUGUUCGCUCGUAUAAGCAGAGUGAUCCAGGUGUCGAAAAGAGUCCACCACCAACAACUGGAUUGUUCGUCCUCGUCAAAAACAGUUCUUCCAACUCUCGUUUCACGCCGUCGUGACUACCAGACCCAGGAGGAGGGAGAGGCGCCGCUGCUUCAUCUUCUUCCGGUGGAGCCAGAGGAUUGAUUGAAACGUUUAGGAGCAUGGUGUUUGCAAGCAGCGAGGCGACGACGACAACGCCAGCAACAGGAGAUGGAGGAGGAGAGCAAGGAGAACAGCAGAAAGAUGAUCACGAGCAAGAGCAGCAGCAAGAACAGCAGGACCAAGAAGAGCAGCAGCAAGAGCAAAGAUCAUCGGGUCGUGACGACGAGGACAGGGAGCGAGCAGAAGUGAAGAGCAGGGAUACAUUCUUGAGCGACGUGCCUGAGAGCUCAGAGUCUGCUCCGCCGAUGUUGUAGAUCUUACUACACUGAGGAUUUUUCUUUGGAAAUCCAUGAACCUUUUUCCCAAA